CAAAUCUAUCAAUCAAAUUGCAUUGAAAAGUCUCUCGUCUUCUGUCCUUUCCUUUUCGAGCUCGGGAGUUCUUUUCUUCUUCCUCACCCACUAUGAGCCGUAAGAGGGGACAAGGGAGGGGUCAAGCAGUGUAAAAUCGGGUUCAUUUUCAAACUUGAGGAUAAAGAAAAGUUAAUCUUCAAACUUGAGGAUGACAAAGCCCACCUGAGUUUGAGUUUUGGAUUUGUUAAUCUCGUACUGCGUUCAAAUUAAAUUUAUCGUUCAUUUGGUUCUGUUUCUUUAUUUUAAUUUUUUUUUCUCUUAUCUCUCAGAAGCUGCCAUGCCCAAACCCGUGAUGAUACCAUCAAUGAAAGAAAAAAAGGAAAAUAUAAAUAAGAGUAAAAGAAUCAGUGAAGCUGCUUCAAAUUUAUCCUAUUUUAUUUAUUUAUUUGUUGAGAACCCUACUUUAAUCUUUGUGCAGUAUUUUUUGGUUGUCUUAUUUUGUUCGUCCUCCGAAGUGCCGUAGUUGAGAUCAGAGACGGAGAAAAAUGGAGAGUCGGGGAGGAAGAAGGCAAAGAUGGGCGGUGGAGGAGAUCACGGCGGAGGAGACUUCAGAAGCAAAGUAUGGAGCAUGACUGGUGGCCCAUACUGCUGGCCUAAGCACUGGAAACGGAACACUGCCAUUACCAUGGCCGGUGUCUUCCUCAUCUGCAUCCCCAUCGCCAUGAAAUCUAGCUGAAUUGAGCAACGGCCACACCAACCAGUUCGCCCAAUACCGUCACAGCUCUGGUGCAAGAACUUUGGGAAGAAGGAUUACUGAUUGAUCUGUAGAAGCUUUUGCUUGGUAUGAAACAAAAUACAACUGCUUUUGAGUUUGGAUUUAUUAUCCAUUUUGCUCUUCUUUC